UGCGGAAGUCUAUGCUCUAGCCCUAAGCCUGCAUACCGCAUCGUAAGAAACUCUUAUAAACAAUUCAUUGGAGAAAGUGUCGUGUAUUAUCGUAUGUUUAAUUAGAUGAAGAUAUCAAUAAUGACGGACACGAUUAAUAAAUAGCAAUUGAUGAUGACGUCGACAAAAAAAUGGCUAGGCAUUCUUGCGUCGUGUAAAUGUUCAACGUGUACACUGUAACGUGUCAAACUUACCGGAAAAAUUCUAGGAAAAAUGUAGUUUAUGAAGAAGAAUUUACAAGUUAUUUCACCAAACUUAAAACCUUAUCGUAAACAUGAAUAAGAACUUGCAAAAGUCUGGACAAACACUCAAGUAUGUGAGCUUAAUCACACUCACGCUUCAAAAUGCAAUGGUUGGCCUUAGCAUGCGAUAUUCACGUACCAGGGCUGGUGACAUGUUCCUUUCUUCCACUGCUGUUGUGAUGGCUGAAGUAGUCAAGCUGUUUACAUGCUUGGUGCUAGUAUUCAUCGAAGAAGGUAACAUGGAAAAAUUUUAUAAGGCUCUGCAUCUAACAAUCGUGAAGCAACCCAUAGAUACUCUGAAAGUCUGUGUGCCAUCCCUUUUGUACAUCGUACAGAACAAUCUACUUUAUGUAUCCGCGUCCAAUCUGGAUGCAGCUACGCAUCAAGUCACAUAUCAAUUGAAGAUUUUAACAACAGCCUUCUUUGCGGUAACAAUACUGCGCAAAUCACUGCGUACCGUUCAAUGGGGUGCUUUGGUGCUCUUGGUAAUCGGUGUGGUUCUGGUUCAAUUGGCACAAAGCAUAAAAGCACCGGUACCCUCGGGCAUAGAACAAAAUCACUUGAUAGGUUUCUCGGCCGCACUAAGUGCAUGCUUCCUGUCCGGUUUCGCCGGUAUUUACUUUGAAAAGAUAUUAAAAGGCUCCGAUAUUUCCGUGUGGAUGCGAAACGUGCAGUUGAGUGUGUUAUCCAUACCGUUCGGCCUAGGUACAUGCUUCUUACAAGACGGUGAUAUCAUACGCAAGCAAGGCUUUUUCUUCGGCUAUGAUCUGUUCAUUUGCUACUUGGUUGUCUUGCAAGCAGGCGGAGGAUUAAUAGUAGCCAUGGUGGUCAAAUAUGCCGACAACAUAUUAAAAGGUUUUGCCACAUCACUAGCCAUUAUCAUCUCUUGCAUAGCUUCCAUCUACCUGUUCGACUUUCGCUUAACGUUCCAAUUUGCUUUAGGUGCGUUUCUCGUCAUUUGUUCGAUUUUCUUGUAUGGCCAUCAACCGAAAACAGUAUCCCUCGAUAAGCAUACGCCUGCUAGUAAAGUCUGAUGAUAGUGGAAAUGCAAAACGAUACGAUUUUCGAUACAAUAAUGAGUUGUACGAUAGUUCAAACAGCGAUCGAUUUUCUUCGAUUUUUUCCGUUAAUUGCUAUCAAAUUGGUGAUAUUUAAAGCUUUGUUAAAGUGAUGAAAUCUAAUAGAACCAAGGAAAGUAAAUCGGAUUGUAAAUAACUCGACUGGAUUAAUCGUUUAACAGAUACUACUUGUUCCGUGGAACAUCGAUAAAAUUGCUUGCAAUCAUGGUAUAUAAUAACCAAAUUAUGAAAUUGUAUAUACGAAAGAAUCAAAAGUCCAGUCAUGUUUUUAUAUCCACGAUUUGGCUGUUUGUCAGCUAUCUUAUGAUGAUACCAAGGUACUCCAAAAAAUAAAGCGUAUAGGGAAAGAGAGAAAGGGGAGUGGAAGAGAAAGAGAAAUUAGAUUGAAGUGAAAUUAUGCAUCAGCAAUUCCAUUUGUUGUAAACGAUGUAAAUAUAAACGAUGUUUGAUUUUA